UCGGUCAACUGUUCUUCUUACCACCAGGUGGCUUGGAGAAAAACACAUUCGUCUUCCGUUUCCUUCUGUUUGUGAAUUUGUGAUUGAAUUUUUUGGUUACAAUUAAAUUUUGUUUAUUAGGUUAAUUAUUUUGAUUCUCUAUUAAUCAUGGCUGACCAGACUGAAAGAGCUUUUCAGAAACAACCAACCAUCUUCCUCAACCGAAAGCCUGGUCUUGCCAAGCAAAAGAAAAAAAAGCAAACCCUCCGGUAUAUUCGAGAAGUUGGUCUUGGAUUCAAAGCCCCAACAGAGGCUAAAGAAGGUACCUACAUUGACAAGAAAUGUCCAUUCACUGGAAAUGUUGCUAUCAGAGGUAGAAUUUUAAGAGGAGUGGUAAUUAAAAUGAAAAUGCAAAGGACCAUCGUUAUCAGGAGAGAUUACCUUCAUUAUGUGAAGAAAUAUAAUCGUUUUGAAAAACGUCAUAAGAACAUCUCAGUUCAUCUUUCACCUUGUUUCAGAGACGUAGCUUUAGGAGAUAUUGUAACUGUUGGUGAAUGUCGACCAUUAGCGAAAACAGUUAAAUUUAAUGUACUGAAGGUAUCAAAAGCUCCUGGUGCCAGGAAACAGUUCCAGAAGUUUUAAAUGAUAUCUAAGUGGUUCCACAAUUGUUUAUAUACCAUCAAUGAAUGCAGCCCAUGAUUUCAACCAUCUUAAUCUCAGGCUCUAAUCAACGGACAAAUUACAAAUUUUGGUGGGACACUUGCUUUAAUCUUUUGUAUUUGGAAGUUGACAUAAAUUAAACCUAAUCUAAUAUCGA